AUGCCUAACGAUAACCCUGCCUGCGCUGAAUGUAAGGCCAAGAAGAAGCGUCAGCAUGUCUCCCCCUCCGAUCCCGCUGUUCCAACUCCUGCUCCAACUCCUGCUCCCACCCCUGCUCCCACUCCUUCUCCUGCCGUCCCUGUCGCCCCCGGUGCUGCCACCCGUGGACGCCGCCGGGCCACUGAGGCUGCUGAGGCCGCUGAGGCCAAGCACAAGGAGAUGAGCCCUCUCGCUCCCGCCGACUCCGGCGACGAGCUUUCUUCCGUGCCCUCCGAGACAGAGCAGAAGCCGGUCAAGAAAUCCACCAAGCGUAGUCGCCGUACCAAGCCCGCCACGUCCCAGAACGAGAUCCCUGACUUCCCCGCCGAUUCUCUCCAAGCCGCUGCCACCAUGUCCGUCAACCUUGUCUGGGCCCGUGAGCUUGAGACCAACCUGGAGGUACUUCAGGGGAACAUUCAGACCCUCAAUGAGGCUCACCGCGCUACCAUGGCCUCUGCCCAGAAUAUCCUGCGUACUGUCGACGGCUGGAUUCAGACUUGGGCUGCCACCGGUCGUUAA